GACAUCACUGGAAACACUCGAAAUAUUAUCAAUAUGCCGACUGAAUUAGAAGAGCUUGUCGAUUUUAUAUCGCAUGGAAACACUCAAGUGCGGACGAUCGCCGUCGAGAAUUUGAUUCCAUAUUCUUUAUCGCAACCUUCAAUAUUCAAAACAAAUGAGCUUCUGCCAGUAAAGGACUUAAAACUACUGGUCCGCGACUACAAACAAAUUGCCAAAGAUGCAAUGACAAUUCUCAUAAACCUGUCGACAGACAAGGAAGUUUUGGAAUAUCUUGCGAGUGACAAGGAGUUCAUCAAUACUUUAUUCAACAAGUUGACAAACCCCGCAGAACCAAAUGCAAAUCUCAUUGCUAUGCUACUCGCGAAUCUUGCAAAAUGGGACGACUUGAAGCAUAUCAUAGCCCUCGAACGUCCUGCGCCGAAAGAAUUAACCUCGAAUAAUCGCGCGAUCGAUCAACUAAUGGACCUUUUCGUGAAGGGUGCAGAUGGAACAUACAAUAAAGAUGCAGAUUAUGACUACCUCGCAUAUUUGUUCGCAGAUCUAGCCAAGCACGAAGAAGGAAGAAAAUACUUCCUGACAAAACAAGAAUACGAUGGGGUUGUACCUCUCACGAAAAUGACGGUUUUCACCGAACACAAAUCAGACAUUCGUCGAAAAGGAGUUGCAUCGACGAUAAAAAAUGUUGCGUUCGAAAUCGAAUCACAUCCUUCAUUCCUGUCAGAGGAUGAGAUCAAUAUAUUACCAUAUCUACUGCUACCUAUUAUGGGAAAUGAGGAAUUCGAUGAAGAGGAAACUAUGGCAAUGCUACCAGAUCUACAACUAUUACCGCCAGAUAAGGAGAGGGAUAGUGAUCCCGUUAUCAUGCAAACACAUGUGGAAACAUUGAUGUUACUCACAACCACAAGAGAAGGAAGAGAUAUUAUGAGAGAGAUCAAGGUUUACCCAAUCAUAAGGGAAUUGCACUUGAAGGUUGAUCACGAUGAAAUGAGAGAAGCCUGUGAGAGACUAGUACAGGUUUUGAUGCGAGAUGAGGAAGGUGAGGAGAAAGUGGAUGCAGGCAUGAAAACUUUGGCCCGAAGAUCUGACAAACCUUCAUCCUCGCCAAAACCAUUCUCGUCGCAGGCGAAUGGUAUUGCCGGAAGUUGGGCAUCACAAGAUGCAGAAGACCCUGCAUCAGAUUCGGAUGAUGAUAAAAUAGUUGAAGUAUAGAUUUAAAGUACUGAAUGUAAAAAGCUCAUUUCCUCA